ACACCACCUUUCUUUCCACUUUCAUGCUUGAGUUUAUAUUUGUUUAUCUCCUAGGUGGAUUCACAUUUCUACCUUUAGCAUGCCUCAUUUACAUCCGCUUCUUAUCUAUAAAACAACAAGAACAAAUAGAAAAUAAAAAGCAAGAGUAUAAACAACAUACCAGCGAAGUAAAACAUGGUUGGAUUCAGUUAACGAAUCAGUAUGAGCCUAAAAUGCCCGAACAAAACGGAAUCUUGUCCUUGACCAGCUCUAAUAUGUACUAUGGCGUUCUUAAGCAUGGAACUUUAUUCUGCUAUGAAUCUGAAAAAGAAGACAACGUUUGUAAGAUAUUGCCUAUACAAGACUAUCUAAUAUCACUCUAUCCUGAAGGAAAACCAGAGAACGAGCUAUUUUCUCGCUCUUCAGUGAUACGACUUGGCGAUAUUCAAUCAGAUACGACGUACUUUCUCAACUGUAGUCGAAAAGUAGACAAAGAGGACUGGUAUCUAGGCCUCAUCGAUGCGCAUAACAUGCUCAAGGAUUCCCCAAAUGAAGCACAAUACGUCAUGAUGGAUAGCACCCAUUUUGAUGCAUCUGCCAUAGAGGAUCUUAUUUAUCAUGUACAAUCUACACCCAGCCAUAGAGAGACAGCUUGGAUGAAUGCGAUUAUCGGAAGAUUAUUCUUGGGCAUGUACAAGACGGACAUGUUCAAAGAGUGGGUGGAAACAAAAGUGAAAAAGAAGAUCAACACUAAGCGACCCCAGUUCCUCGACGAAAUUACCGUACGCAAAGUAGACGUUGGUCAAACCGUGCCGUACAUUACAGAUCCCAAGCUAGUCUCAAUCACGGCUGAGGGUGAAAUCGUAGCAGAAGCGACGGUGGAAUAUCAAGGAGGACUUGCAGUCGAGAUUCAAACAGACAUCAAUUGGUCCUACUCGUCCCGUAUGAAACCUAUUCGGAUGAAUGUUGUGCUAUCUGUUCAGCUAAAGAAGCUCUUUGGACGAAUGAUGCUCAAGCUCAAAUCACCACCAAGCAAUCGAUGCUGGCUUGCGUUUUAUGACAUGCCAGAGAUGGAGUGGAAGAUAACACCGAUUGUGGCUGAUAAACAAAUCACUCUAUCGAUCGUAACAAAUGCGAUCGAGUCAAGGAUUCGGGAAGUAAUGGCAGAGACAUUUGUAUUACCUAAUAUGGACGAUACACCAUUUUGUUUCUCUUGUGGAAAGGGAGGAAUCUUUGGUAACAGAGUCCCAGUGAUUGCUAAAAAGCAAAGUAGAAAGGCAGAGGUAAAGACACAUACGGAGACAAUUCAAAAAGAAUACAACGAUACAUCCGAACAGAAGCAUUCUCAAAAGAUAGAAGUGAUUGACACAUCAGCAAGCGUCAAAUCUGCUCCUGCGUCAAUGGAAUCUACAGAGAAUGAGCAUAGAUGGUCUAACACACUGUUAAGAAAGAGAAGUAAAAAUACAGAUGAAGCAAGUGACACAGAAAGUAUUAGUUCCAUCAAGAGUAAUGGUAGCGGGUUCCUUCGUAAGAUAUCAGAUUAUUUACCGUCUGAGUCACCAUCAUCCAGUCACUCUAUACGAUCAAUCAGGCGCAAUACACUGAUUAACAAGGCAGAAGAUUUUUUAAACAAACGGAUUACGAAGCAAUCAUCGGCCUCAUUGCCAUCAUUGUACGUAGGGGAUAAUUAUCAAGUGUUGGAUGCUGAAAAGAAGCAAAUGUAUGAAGAAAGACUUGCUAGCAUGCGUAAACGAGCAGCGGCGGCGGCGGCAACAGCAACAGCAGUAGUAGUAGAAGAAGAACAACAACAAGAAAAUCAUGAUUUAGAAGGAUCUACAAAAACUCAAAUACCAUCUAUGGCCUCUGUCAAACAGGGCAGACAGAGAGCUACAUCUUGUGUGAAUGAAGCCUCUGUUACACGCUCUGUAUCUCUGACGGUCAAACCACCUCUGCCUCCUCGACGUAAUUCGACACACAUCGUUUUACAUAAAUACCCCACGAAAAGUACUGCUUUUUCAUAAAAUAAAACCACAUCUAUUACUACCAACCUUUAUCUUUGUAUUUCUAAAUGAGUAUUUGAUGCAAGUUGCUCUUCAU